CCUACAAGCGAAUAACGAGAAUAAACAGGAAGUGGGAAGCUGGACGUUUGCUUGCAGGAGUUUUCUUUAACUGUCAAUGGGUUACUGGCCACAAUUGUGAUAUUGUGUCACUUUUCGCUGAAUUAAAACCAGUAGCCUACAAUUUGUAGCGGAAUAUCCAGCAACUUCAAAUCAUGAUUUGAAUUCCUGAGCUGCCUGCAUUUGAUUUCAAAUGGACAGUGGCAGAGGAGGGAGAGGAGGGAGAGGAAGGAGAGGAAACCGUGGUGGAGAAGACAGAGAUGUCCGUCUGAGUAAAUCCAUGUCUUAUGCUCUUCGCCAUGGAGCCAACCAGAUGGGUCUUCAAAUGGGUACAGAUGGCUUUGUGUUUGUGGAGGAACUUCUGGCUCACCCACAGUUCCGCUCGUACUCAUUAGAAGAUGUCGAAAGAGUCGUGGCCACUAAUGACAAGCAGCGCUUUAAGCUUCUUCCCCACCCGGAGGAUGGACGCCUGCAGAUCCGAGCCAGUCAGGGCCAUUCAGUACAGGUAAUGGAUUUGGAGCUGAAACCGGUCAUAGCUGGUUCUUCAGACUGCCCUGCUGAGGCCGUUCAUGGCUCCUACCUCCGCAACUGGAGCUCCAUCCAGGAGCAGGGCCUGAGCCGCAUGAAGAGAACGCACAUCCACCUGGCACUAGGCCUGCCAGGGGAGAAAGCCGUUAUCAGCGGCAUGAGGAAAGACUGUGAUCUAGCUGUGUAUAUCGAUGUCCCCAAAGCUCUCGCUGAUGGUAUUGAGUUCUUCUGGUCAGAUAAUGGCGUGUUGCUGACUGCAGGCGACGCAGAGGGAAAACUUCUCCCUAAAUACUUCAGCCGAGCCUUAAGACUGAGACCUACAAGGAGCAUCCUACCACUGCAGUAGCGCCAGAUGAUUCUGUUCUAUCAAUGGUCAUAGCAGGAAUCUAGCACCCCAUGGUUGGUUGAUGCUUAGCCUAAUUCCCUUUGUAAAACUUGUUUGGCAGGAGCAUCCUAGUGAGGUGAUUGUGGUUGGCAAUAGGAGAAUCAAUUCAGAAAUCAUCCUAAAUGAGACUAAAUUGGUAGACUUUUCAUUUCCGUGUCAUUUAAAGGAUCAGGACAGCUUUAGGGAAGCAUACUUUACUCUUAUAUGACAAUUCCUUCAACUUAUGCUGGCAAAAGUCACUUUUUAUUUACAAGUAUAAAGGCUUUGUCUUAUACAUUGUUAGUGCUAAAUAAACUAUAGCACCCAUUGACUACCAAGAUACCAAGUUGUAAAAAUAUAUAACACUGGUCACAAAUAGACACAUUGGCUGCUGGCAGCUGGGCCUAGGCAUAUUGUAUGUGUGGGGAGUAUGGGAAAGCAGAGGAUACAGACACUGUGGUUUUAGUUAACGGACUUCUGUAACAGUUUCUUGUAAGAUAUGGACACACACACAGCAUGUGAGGGGAGAUAAACGGUUAGAAGCUUCCUGUGUGAAAAAACAACAGAAAUACCACCAUAUGUCACGUAUAUAAGGAGUGAAGACAACAGAGAAUUAAAAGGAAAUUGCUGUAAUUAUUUUAAUAAAUGUUUCUUGUUAUUCAUAA